ACAACCCUCCACGCCCAAUCCGCCCAAUUCCGUUCCCACCCAUUCUCGAUUGCCGCUGGUGAGAUCGAUAUUCAUCAGGUUAGUUUGAUAUGGACCACGAGAGCAUUCGAAUCAACGACCUUUUUCUUCUUUCGAGUUGUAGAAAGGCCAAGCUCCGACGACGUUGACGGCGGCCGAAUUGUCCUCGUGUUCUUCCCCGUCCUCCCCAUCCCGCCAUCCCCCCAUCCCCCCAUCUCCUACCCAAGUACCCUCUCCUUCUCCUACAGAUACUCACGACAGCCGUGCUGACCACUUUCCCCAUCGCUUACAGAAACCGCAAUCAUGGGUAUCUCUCGCGACUCUCGUCACAAGCGUUCCGCCUCCGGCGCGAAGCGCGCGUUCUACCGGAAGAAGCGCGCUUUCGAGCUGGGCCGUCAGGGUGCCAACACCCGGAUCGGCGCCAAGCGUGUCCACACCGUCCGCACCCGUGGCGGUAACCACAAGUACCGUGCCCUGCGCCUCGAGUCCGGCAACUUCGCCUGGUCCUCCGAGGGCACCACCCGCAAGACCCGCAUCAUCGGCGUCGCCUACCACCCGUCCAACAACGAGCUCGUCCGCACCAACACCCUGACCAAGUCGGCCGUCAUCCAGAUCGACGCCGCCCCCUUCCGCCAGUGGUACGAGGCCCACUACGGCCAGUCCAUCGGCCGCAGGCGCCAGCGCCAGCAGGCCGCCGCGUCCGGCGCCAAGCCCGAGGAGGAGGCCAAGAAGAGCAGCUCCGUCGAGAAGAAGCAGGCCGCCCGCUUCGCCGCCCGCGGCAAGGUCGACCCCGCUCUGGAGAAGCAGUUCGAGGCCGGUCGUGUGUACGCCGUCAUCUCCAGCCGGCCUGGUCAGUCUGGCCGCUGCGACGGCUACAUCCUCGAGGGCGAGGAGCUUGCUUUCUACCAGCGCAAGCUGCACAAGUAA